AUGAAUAAGAAAACUUGGUGUUACAUUACCGGAGAUCUGGAUCCGGACCGGGGAGAGGUGAGACCCACGUCUGCCCUGUUCAGAUCUGGAUCCGGACCGGGGAGAGGUGAGACCCACGUCUGCCCUGUUCAGAUCUGGAUCCGGACCGGGGAGAGGUGGGACCCACGUCUGCCCUGUUCAGAUCUGGAUCCGGACCGGGGAGAGGUGGGACCCACGUGUGAGGAGACCCCCACGUGUGGGACUCACGUCUGCCCUGUUCAGAUCUGGAUCCGGACCGGGGAGAGGUGGGACCCACGUGUGAGGAGACCCCCACGUGUGGGACCCACGUCUGCCCUGUUCAGAUCUGGAUCCGGACCGGGGAGAGGUGAGACCCACGUCUGCCCUGUUCAGAUCUGGAUCCGGACCGGGGAGAGGUGAGACCCACGUCUGCCCUGUUCAGAUCUGGAUCCGGACCGGGGAGAAGUGGGACCCACGUCUGCCCUGUUCAGAUCUGGAUCCGGACCGGGGAGAGGUGAAACCCACCUUUGCUCGGUCCAGAUCUAGGUCUGGAUAGGCGGGUCGCCCCGGCCAUAGACGGGACAGACAGGGACGGAAAGCACCCAAAUGCGUGUUUCCCUCCUUGUCCGUCGCCCCGGCCAUAGACGGGACAGACAGGGACGGAAAGCACCCAAAUGCGUGUUUCCCUCCUUGUCCGUCGCCCCGGCCAUAGACGGGACAGACAGGGACGGAAAACACACAAGUGUGUGGUUUUCAUCCUUGUCUGUCGCCCCGACCAUAGACGGGACAGACAGGGACGGAAAGCACACAAAUGCGUGUUUCCCUCCUUGUCCGUCGCCCCGGCCAUAGACGGGACAGACAGGGACGGAAAACACACAAGUGUGUGGUUUUCAUCCUUGUCUGUCGCCCCGACCAUAGACGGGACAGACAGGGACGGAAAGCACACAAAUGCGUGUUUCCCUCCUUGUCCGUCGCCCCGGCCAUAGACGGGACAGACAGGGA